UUUUUUUUUUUCCUGAAAAGCAUGUAGUCAAAGAAAGAUUUUCUGUCAUAGUUAUUGUGGCUGAAGAGCUGAACUUGUGGCUCUAGUACAACAACAUGUCAAAGAAGAGAUUAAGGAGGCCCUUACAGAGACAAAAGAACAGCAAAAGGAACAGCUUCUGGUUUCUGUGAGCUGGUGAAAUGGGUACAACAUUGUUGUCUGCUUAUCUGAUGUCCACAUCCUCUAAGGACCGCUAGUAAACUGAACAAAAAAUGUAAGUGAUCUGCAGAGCAAUAACCUGUACAGGAGGAACAUCUUCCAGAGACCAAUUUAAAAAUCUACAGACACAGCUUGUGAAAGAUGACUGACAAGGUCCUUCCCACACAAUUGUUUUAUUCUGGCAAAACCUGAAACCAGUAGAUCCUGCAGCUCAUGCUUCAGGCUUUUUACAUCACAUUCACAUCAAGCUUUUCAGCCAAACAGAAGUUAUUGGGCAGUGUAACAGUGUCAGAGGCAUAUGAGAUAGCAGCAAAUGGCAUAACUGAAUAAAAGCUAUACCUGUGUCUGGAAUAACACCAGAGAGUAAACAAGAAAACAUAUAAUCUCUUGUGGACAGAGAUGUCUGAUUCUUCCUACUCUCACUACCACCUUCUGUAGAUUUCUUGUUUCUGCUUCUCAUUGUGUAUUUUCAGUUUUUGCUGAUCACAAGAAAGCAGGCUUCCCUGUUGAGAAAUGGCUUGUACUUUUGCUUGGCUGGCCUUUUCUGGGAAACAGAGGGGACCAGCACCUGCCAGCUGCCAGCACAGCUGUUCUGUUGGCAGGACUCACAACCAUCCCACUUGACUGCCACAUGUCCUCUGUGCUCUCUUCUCCCUUCUCAGAAUCCCCCAAAAGACAAAUAAGGUCCAUCUUACUCUCAGAAGAAAUUCAUAGAAGCUGCUGAGCUUUCUACUGAGACAGAGAGCCUUGGUAAACCUCAGCACUUUGCACACUCUGCCCUUAGACCACACGCAUGUGUGCACAUCCUACUUCUUAUUCAGUAUUCUGACCACUCUUCCAUUCUGUCCUGGGCAGUGGUAGGAGGUAGAUGUGCUGUAUAUAAAACCUUCAACAGAAAACAUCAAGCAAAAACAUAGUGUGAAUUAACAUGCCUUCAUUUCUAAUGAAGGACUAUCUCUGAUGAGCACUGAGGAGAGAAGUACUUGUGAUACAAGUCUAAGGAAGUCAAAGCUUCCGCUAAGAGACACAGCUACCUAGUGAUAUCUGCAUUUUACAUCUGCUGUAUACUGCUGUGUGGGUAACACCUCCCUGGCAGAGCUACCUGAAGAGGAGCAAGAGAUUCUGCGCCCUUAGAGCAAAGAAGAUUCUUCACAUCAUCUGGGAAGAAAGAAGCAGAAAAGAACUGGGGGAAAAAACAUGAGUUCUUCAAGUACAGAGUCCCUUGAAGUUGAACCCUCAACCUUUUAUGAGUAUUACGACAGUUAUUACGAUGCUCCAAAACUAUGCAGUAAAGAAGGCGUCAGGAGGUUUGCAGCCUCCUUCCUACCUGUUCUGUAUUCCCUGGUAUUCCUGGUCGGGCUCGCUGGAAACGUUCUGGUCAUCGUGGUCCUCUUCAAAUACAAGAGGCUGAAGAGCAUGACUGAUGUGUACCUGCUAAACCUCGCCAUCUCAGAUUUGCUCUUCGUUUUGUCCUUGCCGUUCUGGUCUUAUUUCACAGUAGACGAAUGGGUUUUUGGAACUCCCUGGUGUAAAAUCAUUUCGUGGAUCUACCUGGUUGGGUUUUACAGUGGGAUAUUUUUUAUUAUGCUUAUGAGCAUAGACAGAUACCUGGCAAUUGUUCGUGCAGUGCUUUCCUUGAAAGCAAGGACCACCUUCCAUGGCUUGAUUACUAGCCUUGUUGUGUGGCUAGUAGCUCUCUCAGCCUCAGUCCCUGAGCUUGUAUUUAGAGAGUCUUUUAAUGAACAUAAUUUUACUACCUGCAAGCCGAUAUUUCCAGGCAAUUUCACAACAUGGAAGCUUUUUUCCACUUUGGAAGUCAACAUUUUAGGGCUCCUAAUCCCUUUUAUAAUUAUGACAUUUUGCUACUCCAUGAUCAUUAAAACAUUAGUUCACUGUAGAAAUGACAAAAAGAAUAAGGCUGUGAAGAUGAUUUUUGUUGUCAUGAUUGUGUUUUUCUUUUUUUGGACCCCCUACAACAUUGUUAUUUUCUUACAACUGCUGGAAUUUAUGGGAGUCAUUAAAGACUGUCAAGUGAGCAGGAAUCUGGACUAUGCUUUCCAGGUAACGGAAAUCCUUGGCCUUUUUCACUGCUGCCUCAACCCAGUCAUCUACUUCUUCAUGGGGGAGAAAUUUAAGAAGUACCUGAAGAUGCUCUUUAAGAACUGGCAGUUACCAGGGUAUUUCUGCAAGUGGUGUGGAGUUCACACCACUUACCACACUGAAUCUACCAGUUCAUUUCACACACAAUCUACGGGCGACCAAGACGCUCUGUAACACAUUUCAGACCAGCCACUGAACUCAGCAGCAGGGACUUUGAAAAGCAGGAACAUUGACAAGCUAAGCAAAUGCAGACACAUUUAACAAUAAGCUAGUGCCGGAUAAUUACUUACUUCAGCUUUAUUUGUGCCUCUAGAUUUUCUGAGUAUUACGAGAGAAGGUGUCCCAAAUGUGGAAGAUGGAGGAUGGACAUGCAAGGUUUCUCUGCUGUGAUUACAAAUCACCGCUCAGCUCUGUGCAAAGCACUGCAUUGUGUGGCUCCUUUUUCAUCAGCAUCAAGACAUUGGCCUGCAUGGAGGGGCAGAGGUGAGAGAGCACCUUGCCAUCAGCACAUGCACUUGGAAAACAUAUCCAUAUAUUCAAGAAGGUUGAUUGUAACCAUUCUUUUUUAUUCUGCAGUUGAUCUGUGUAGGACUUGUGACUCUUAGGCAGCUAUUAGCAGUACCUGCUACAUUUAAAUGUUUUGUUUCAGCGGGAUGAUAUAUCCCCUGUCAUUAAGAAAAAAGGACAAAAUAUGCUCUACGUGCACAAAGACUCAAAGCAAAGCCAUUACUUUUCAUUGUAGGUGCAUUUUCUUUCAGGUUGACAUACAUGACUACAUGUAGGUGUAUAUAUAGCAUUUUGAAUUACUUUAUCAUUGUAAUUAAGGAUAGCACUUCUGUAUUUUAAUUAAAAUGGAAAAUAUUUUGAAUAUUUUUGAAUAAAAGUGUUUAAAAAAAGUUAUUUUCCAGCAUGCAUGAAUAAAUUUGAAACAUCUUGGUUAAAAGUAUAUAUUUUAAAAUGAAUGUCCUUUCUUCCAAAAAUACUUAACCCCAAAACUCAAUUUUCAUUCACUGGAGAGGUAUCUGGCAAAACAAAAGAAAGUAAAAGCAGAGAUUGUGUAGAAUGGGUCUGUCAUAACUUAGAAACCACACAUAGAAUCCUUGCAUUUGAUAACAGCAAAAUGCAAACAAUGUGAUACCCCAGUAGCCGCUCACAGGAUAUUAAUUCAUCAGAAAUCUGUAACAGGAAGGAAACUCACAGAGCAGUGUUUAGAUUUUGGCACAAAAAUGAUUUUAAAAGAGGCAAAGAAUCAGUAAUGUGGUGGCAGACAAAUUAAGAGUUGAAAAAUAUAUAUUUGAAGAUACUUCUGGUGUGUCUUUUUGCUGGACAACAACAAUUCAGAUUUCUUACUAUAAACCAGAUGAAUUCUUUUCUUACACUGUCAGUAAUAAAGUGCCUGCUCAGCAAUCAGCCAAGGCUGCAAACAGCAAACGAGGCAUUAAAAUGCAUCAGGAAAGGGCUGAAGAAGAAAUGUUAAAAUAUUGUAGUGCCAUUGGGCUCAUCACUCUAAAUGAGAGACACAAGUUGAAGCUCAUCUCCAUUUGACCUCUCUCAUGAUAUAAGACUGAAGAUAAAAUGCAGUACUUUUAAAUCUCACAUACACAUUUAUCCAUCAUAAUUUUGGGAAUGCACUACCAUUUGCUGUUUGCUGAGGAUGACAAGCAAGAGUCUGCAUUAAGCAGAUAAUAAUAACAGUUGUGGAAGACAUUACUUGAAGUAAGACAGAGCCUUUAUUUUCAAGAAAAAGACUAUAAAUUCUUAAUACUCAAAAUCUUAGAAUCUACUACGUAAAUCACUUGGGAAAAACUGAUAGAAAGAGUGGGUUAUGCCACCCAUCACCUUUUUUGAAAAGGAAGACACAUUUCAAGUAUGAGGUGCUUCAAAUUCUCCCAGAUGACAGUGAAGCCAUCAUAACAUCCCAAGGUGGCAGAGCACAUCAUCCUCACAGAUGGUGAUGCUGACAGCAGAGGCACUGGGAACUGCCCUGGAAGCCAGACAGCUUCCACUGCAGCUUCUUUUUUCUUUGUACUGCUCUGUGAUCUGUCUAGUCAGCAAGAGUGGUCCUUGAUUUCCAGACUAAUGGAAAGGCUGCCUGUGCUACCCUGGCAAAAAUGAGGGUCAACAAGGAACAAGCAAGCUGAAGGCUCUUGUCAGCUGUGAUGUAAGAGACAUCCAGGGCAAAGAGUGGUAUCAGGGAAUGGAUUGCAGGCUGGUCCAGGCCUGGGCAAACUCUGUGGUGAGGGAGGAUGCUGUGGAAUUAAUGGGGUGCACCCAGCAGCCAUGCAGCAAUGCCACCAACAGAGGCAGUGCAGAGCCCUUCUCCCACACAAAACUCAAAUGUGCCUCGUGUCACUGCUCAGCUUUGUACCCCAUGGCCUGUGCACGUUUCCCUUGGUGCAGAGGGUACCUGGUGCAGCCAGAACUCCUCCAGGUGAAUGUUCUCUUGUUCCUCUGUGCCAAAUAGCCUCUUGCAGUUCUCCCAGUAAUAUUCACAGCUGCUCAAUGCGUGUGCUGGAGAGCAGCUGAGCUGAGCUGAAAGUUGAGCUCUGAGCAGCUUUGCUGCGUUGGGUGCAAAGAAGAGCUCAUGUUAAAUUGAUGGGUUCAGGAAAUCAGGUCCUGAGGCUGGAGCUCAUUGAACAUGGGUGGCUUCCUCCUCUGUUUUCCUGAACAAAACCCCCACCCACAUGCACCAAGCUGCAGUGGACAAUGAUACUCCUCUUUUGAGAGAUGGUUUUGAAAUCUGCUGAUGAGAAAGGACGAGAUAAUAGUAUUAAUACAGACAAAAAUAAAGUAGGGAUUUUCAAAAUGUCACUUGACAAAGGUGUUAUUUCAGCUGAACAAGAGUUUCCAGCAAUGGAGAAUAUACGUACAAACUCACUGAACCAUGAAAGACAAUGGAUAGACAUUUGAGUGAAACAAAGCUGACUCAUUCUUAAAGCCACAUUUUUACAUCAAGGCUCUCCAGAAGGCCACUCUGCAUCCUCCCUUCACCUAUGCUAAGCAGCCACAGAAAGGUAGAAGAAGGGGGAAAUCAGCUAAUUAGAUUGAAUACAAAUAAUGAUGAAAAGAUAACAACAAGUUGAUUGGUUUUCAUAGCAUGCUUAGGCCACCACAGUCACUCCCUAAACACAAAGCUGAAUUACACAUUUGCUCUGGAGGACAGCUUUACCCCUUUUAAUCGUGCAGAAUCACCAUCAUGGUCAGCAGCCUGCUCCCAGACAAUCUGCUCCUCUCAGUCUGAGAGCCAGUGAGGAAUUGCAAUUCUUCUAUACUGCAACUGCUUGUCACUGUCCCAGCACCAGUCUGCACACCUGCUCUGAAGGGGAGUACAAUUCCACAGGCACCAUAGUGCCCCUCUGUAACCAGGAUACUUCUAAACUGCCAGCAGGGACCUACAUCACACAUUUUCCUGCAAGAGUUCUUAAUUAUUUGCAGUUUUAUGCAACAUCUCUCUCUUAACACAACCAGAGACCACCUUCAUCACAUCCUGCCUGUUAUGCCGAUAUCUCCAUCAUAAUUAAUUUACAGUUAGAAGUCAAGGGCCAUUUAAUAAUAUCAAUCAAAAUAAUCAUUAAAAUAGCACUUUAGGCAAUGCCUACUGAAAGUUCAACUUUGCUACUCCAGUCAUGAAAGGAGGAGACUGGAAAUGAUACAAUAGUGGUGAGAUUUGUAGCAUUUGUAUAACCGAUAAGACCAUUCAAAGGAGAAGGAGUGGUGGUUGUAUCUGCAAUCAUCUUACUGUGACACAGCAAGUGCCAAUGGCAAUCACAGAGAAAUCAGUCUUAAAGCAGUGGGCCCUGCCACUGAGGAGACACCAAGUUAGAAGCUCCCAGGAUGAUUUUCUUUUUCACAGUCAACCAGCAGCAACCCCCAUCACAAAACUAACAAAAUCCCAUCUUAUGGGACAGUCAUUGAGUCAAAGACACUUCUGACAGAAAUUAAGCUCAAAAACAAAGAAGCUCUUUAUCUGUUCCAGGCCAACAAAAUUAAGUCCUCCGUGUUAAUGUAGCCCAAAUACAUGAUUGAUCAA